GGAUUGGAUAAGACUGCCCUACUUUACUUGAUUACCAGUGCUCUUUUCUUACUUGUGUUCGGCUAUUUAGAAUGUUUCUGUAAAAUGAAAAGGAAAGAACCUGCUUCUCCGGACAAGAUAACAGAAGAACCAAGCAACACCGAUAAAAUUAUGAAUCCACAAAAAACCAGCCGCACUGAGUCUGGUAAAAAAGAGGAAAAAUACGACAGACAAAUUCGAUUGUGGGGACUGAACGGACAGAAAGAUUUAGAAAAUGCCAACAUAUGUUUAAUCAACGUUACUGCCGCGGGCACGGAAGCCCUCAAAUGUUUAAUUUUACCUGGUGUUGGUCGCUAUUCUAUUGUUGACAAUACCGUCAUAACUGUAGAAGAUGUUGGUAAUAAUUUCUUUUUUGACAGCUUUUCUCUCGGAAAAUCGAAGGCUCAGAUUGCAUGUGAAUUGGUGCAGGAAUUGAAUGAAGAUAGCGUUGGUCAUUUUUAUCAGAAAGAUCCAAUUGAGCUGCUGAAUAACGAUCCAGAGUUUUUCAAGAAGUUUACUGUGGUAAUAUGUUCUCGUGUGUCGGAACACGGGCUUUUAAAACUGGGAAAUUUUUUGUGGCAUGCUCAUGUGCCACUGGUAGUUUGCGAUAAUUUUGGUUAUUUCGGUAUAUUGAGGAUCGUCGUAAAGGAGCACAUAGUCAUUGAAGCUCACCCGGACAAUGCUUUUGAGGAUUUUAGGCUCGACUGUCCAUUUCCAGAACUUGUUAGAUACAUGGAUGCCAUCAAGUUGGAAGAAAUGAGUAAACUAGAGCAUUCUCAUACACCGUAUUUAGUUUUGCUGUAUAAAUAUUUGGAGAAAUGGAGAAAAGCCAAUAAUUCACAAUGGCCCAAAUCUUAUCAGGAAAAACGGGUAAUAAAACAGAUGUUGCAGGAAGGUGUAUUGAAAAAUGACGAUGGGAUAGAGUUUACCGAAGAAAACUUCGACGAGGCAAUUAGAAAUGUCAACAUAGCUUAUACUGCCACAGGAAUACCAGAUGAUAUCCGUAAGAUUUUAAAGGAUACCAUGGCUAACCAUCCGUUACAGUCUGAGGUGAAUUCAAAAUUUUGGAUUUUAAUUCGUUCUCUUAAAGAAUUUGUAAAUCAAAAAGGAAUGCUGCCUUUGCGAGGUACUCUUCCGGACAUGUUCUCCGAUUCAAAGCGAUAUAUCGAGUUACAGAAUUUAUACAAAACAAAAGCUGACGAAGACAUAGCGUCGGUGGAAAGUUUCGUGCGUGAAGCAUUGAGUGACUUGCAAUUGCCGGCGUCGUUUGUUUCCUUUGACGACAUCAAGUUAUUAUGCAAGAAUGCUUUUUUCUUGAAAGUUCAAAGAGGACUUUCCGUACAUGAUGAGCUAAAACAAGACCCGUGCGCACAUAAAAUAAACGGCAGUCUCCAAUCAAUGCCUCCUUUUGCAGUUGAUAUUUAUCUUCUCUUCCGCGCUAUUAUGCGAUUAUUUGACGACAAAGUUGGCGACCGGUACAACCUAUCAAGUAUGAAAGGUUUCGAAAAGUUAAAGAAACUAUUGAGCGAUGUGAUACAAGAUAUUCGAUGUGAUGUAGCAGUUCCACAGAUGUAUUUGGAAGAAAUACUUAGGUGCAACGUAAGUGAAUUUCACACAACCGCCUCCAUAUUAGGCGGAGUCUGCUCGCAAGAAGUGAUCAAAAUUAUCACAAAACAAUUUGUGCCUAUCGACAAUAUUUUUGUUUACGACGGGAUAUCGCAACAGACAGCAUCGAUGAAGUUGUAAACAUUCCGCAAUAUUUUAUUUCAUAAUUCGUUAUCAGAAAUGUUGUGAUCUAAAGAUUGAAAAAAUAGAUGUAUCCAACCUUUUUUAAUAAAAAUAUACUCUCUUUCAUAGAAUAUACUGCACUAUCUCUUUUGGAAUCUAUUUAAUAAACAAUAUUUUUUGUGUUCUAAAGAGUUGCGCCGAGCUUUGUUUCGAAAAAUCCACGCAAAACCUUAUUUUUACCGGCUAUGUCUAUUUUACCGCUGGGGCGUAGUUGGCCAAUAACGAGGCCUGAUCUUUGCUAAAAACCAAUCCAAGUUCUUUGCUGCCUGAACAUGCCGACGGAGCAAACAUGCCAUAAUCGGGCUACCUUGAAGAACCACAUUUUGUGUUGGAAGUGAUGUUUGUUGGCCUCCUUUCGACCUUUUCUUCUUUUAAAUACUUUGGAUCUAUAGGAAUAUUUAUUUUCUGUAUGUUUUCACAUGUUUAUAUAAAUAUACUAGUCGAUAAGGCUUAGAUAGAAAAACAAUAGAAAAGAUCUGUCUGACAUCAGCAAAUAUGGCAAUAUAUUGAAUACAGCCCUUUGCCAAAAAAAGAAAUGCAAAAAAAAAACGUUUGCAUGGAGCUAUUAAUUAAACUACACGUUUUUUCGUUGAGGGUGAAGUAUUCUUAUGAUUUGGCAAAAUAUGAGGGUGAAGUAUACUUAAUGUAUUCUUAUUUUUCAGAGUAAAGUUUCUGUCACAUGUAUGCACAAAAACAACUAUUUCGCGACAGCUGAAUAUGUUUCUUUUGAAUGAGAUGUUCACACAUAUUUUUUAGUAUACUGUUACGUAUUCACAGCAUGUUUAUGUUUUUCUCCCCAGAGAUAUUAAUCAAGCCAAAUAUAACAGGUGGUUUAUUAUCAAACUUCUUUCGAGUAAAGAAUGUGGGCUAACCCUGGAAAUAUUCUUAAGAUAUUCUUACAAUUUAGGCAAUUUUCACCCUGAUAUUCUUAUAGAAGUUAUUCUUGUAAAAAAAAAACGUGUAUUGGUACAAAACUUGUGAAUUAUUGUAAACUAUCAAUUAAAACUAUUAGUACAACACUGCUAAAA